UUCAACAAAACGCGGUUGAAUUCUCAGUUGUCAUGGGCGACGGAAAGCGGCGGGCCUGCAGUCAGAGGUCGUGUCCGUCUGGUUCUUGUUUGAACAGCUGUAUGCCAAUGGACCGGUUUGACGGACAGUCCAGGCUGCUGCUCAGAGCACUAAUGUCAGGCUUUUCCGGGGCCAAAACGGCGCUGAGUGUGUUCCAUCGGCAGCAACGGGCUAACCAGGAGAACUCACUGGUUAGCUUUAUACAGACACUAUGUAGAGAUGAAGUUGCCUCCCCAGAAGAUGGAGCUCUGACACUAACAGUCAAACCACUUGUGUGCCUGCUACAACCACUGUUUAAACAAAACCUGCUGACCUUCCUCUACUUGCUGCAUCCUGCUAUCCCUGUGCCCGCCGUCCUCCUGCUGCUCAAAUGUCUUGGUGAGGACUCCACCCCCACCCCCUGGGUGACGGCUAUGGUUAGGCAACUAGAGAGGAAACUGGAGGUGAACCACACAGAUCCUCUGUACUCUGAGCAGUGCAACCAGAAACUAAAGACUCUAUCCGAACGUUUGGGAGGUUUUUGUGAGACUGGAGGUUGGGCCGACUGCUUUAUUAGUCAAACAGAGGAAUCCGAGUCACAUGCUAGACCUGAUUUAUCUCAGCCUGGAACUCAACGGAAAAGACGGGCCAGUUUGGACCAUGUGGAAGCAGACAGCAAGGAAAUGGUUCAGGAGAGUAAAAGGAUGAAGAUGGACGAGGAUGUAGAAGAACUAGUAGAAGUAGAAGAUGAAAAAGUGAGGUUGGACACAGGAGGGGGAUCAGAAACUCCUGCAAACAGAAUCCAUGAUGACCUACCUGAACACAUCAGGGGAUCUGUUCUUCUUAUGCAAGAGUUACUGGAAAGUCAGGCUGAGUGGGACCAGAGCUCUGCAGAUGUGUUUCAAGUGUUAAAUGAAUGCAACCCAAACCAAGUGGAGAUGUUAUGCAAGAUGCUGAAUUUUCCCAUCUUACCUGAAGACACACUGCCUAAGCUGUGCAACGGGAUUUUGUGCCUCUCUCCUGACCUGAGCUACAGUGCUGCAGCAUCGCUCAUUAGGAGUGUCCUGCUAGAGAAGGUCUCAUCCCUGUCAGAACCGCCCUCCAGAUGUUUGGUAACAGCGGUAACUUCGCUGUGCAGUCGCUAUCCCAGGCCGAUGUGCCUCGCUAUGAUUGAACCAGUGCUGCAGGACAGGAACAUAGGCCCUCCUCAGACAGAACUGCUGAACAGGCUGAUAGAAAACUGUCUGGAUGUCCAUUACAGGCUGCUUGUGCUUCAAAUGACGUUCCGGAUUCCUUGGAGUGAAGCGGUUCUCUCUGUCAUCCACAGCUUGCUCGACCAUAAGCUGGUUUUGAGUGAGGAGGUAUUCACACAAUUGACUGAACAGCUCAUCAGCCAGGGAUCUCAGUUCACCAAGUCAGUGAAAUUUGCUAAAAUGAUGUUAACCGUUCUCACCAAAUACAGCAGCCACGUGACUGCUGCACAGAAACACUCUCUGGCAGGCUGCCUGAGUUUAAAUGAGACUUUCUUGAAGAAAUCCCUUCAAGCUGCUUUGAAACGAAUCCCAGACACAUGAUUGAAGAUUUGAGUUAUGAUAUCAAUAAAGAUUAGUUGAAAUUCA